AAAAAAAAAAAACAUUUUAUGUGCUUAUUAUACUCCAUUAAGGGAAGUGUAUUACUAUGGCAGAAACUAGCAUCAGACCUUUACUGGAACCUCUCAAAACAAAUGCAGCCACUGAUGAAAGGAUCGAUUUUCUGAGAGAGCAGGUGUUCACAUCCCUUCGUGUGAAAACUGAUAAAUGGAAUCGAUUCAUAGCUGCAGAGGAACACCAGAAACUUUUAAUAGACUUCCUGGAUCAAAAAGAAUAUGAUCAUCUCGUUCUGUUCACCGGCCCAGGAGGAACUCUGUAUGUUGAUGGACAGGUUGUGGUUCCUAUUUUGGCCAACACAAAUAAUCAUGCUGGCUGGCCCCGGGUGGUUUCAGAAGACAUUAGGAAACAUGUUGAAAAAUUAAAAAGCAAAUUUAUCAUGCUGCGAGGCCAGGUGGAAGGAAGGACCCUGCUGCCACUGCCGCUGUGCAUAGAGGGAUCUGAAGAACCGGAUGGUUUUGACAACUCCAGAAUACCACGCAUUGACAGAACACUGCUGUAUUCAAUUGAGACCAUGGUGAUACAGUGGACACACCAAAUCUCUGACGUCUUGAAGAAAGACUCAAGCCAAGCACUUUUAGAAGGGGAAAAUCCUGGGCCUUCUGCUGAGAUAGAGUUCUGGGUAAUACAAAAAGAGAACUUAAUUGGAAUUCAAAAACAGAUACAGAACCCUAAAGUGGUUAAGAUAAUAGAAAUCUUGAAAAAGAUAAAAAGCAGCUACUAUGCAACCUUUAAAGAAAUUAUCUUGAAAGUGGAUGAAGCUGUCUCAGAAGCGCAGGACAUAGAGCUACAUCUUAGACCCUUGAAAAGUCACAUUGCCUACUUUGAAGAAUGUACUUUUACAGGCAUUGAAGUUCUCAUAGCCCCUCUCUUCCACACCCUCUGCCUGAUCUGGAGCCAUUCCAAAUACUGUUGUGUUCCAUCCAGAAUCGUUGUCUUGCUGCAGGAGUUUUGCAAUCUGCUGAUCGAACGGGCCUUUGCAUACCUGAUUCCUGAAGAGCUUUUUAAAAUGGAACUGGAAGAAGGAAUCGAGAAAGUGCAACAAACCAUACAGACAUUGAAAAGCUUUAAGAAAUCUUUCACUCAACACAAAGACAGGAUGAGCCGGUAUUACAGAGGAGGGGAGGAAGUGAAACGUUGGGACUUCCCUUCAAAUCUCGUUUUUGCACGAACUGACAGAAUCCUCGACAGACUGCUGAAGAUUGAGGAGCUAUUUGCAUCAGCUCUUGACUUCCUCAAACUGGAGAAGAUCGAGCUCGGGGGAUCUCGGGGAAAGAUUCUCAGUGAAAUGGUGUACGGCAUGAACGAGGAAUUCCAUGACGGGUGGAGGGUCCUGCGAGAAAGGAAAUACGAUCCGCUGGAUUACCGGAAUCUGGAUUUUCUCUCCGAUUACACACGAUUCAUUGAACAAAACAAGGAUUUUGAUCAGCGACUAGGAACCGUGCUUAACCUCGCAUUUCAAGACUCAAGAGGGCUGGAGUCUGCCUUUAAGCUUUUGCAAAUCUUUGGUACCCUGUUGGAGAGGCCAGCCAUCAACAAACUCUUUGCUCCAAACUACAUUGUCCUACUUAAUAUGUUUGAGACGGAGAUGAGCUGUUGCCGGCAAAUCCUUGACAGUCAAAGAGAAAAACUGCACAAUGGUUGUGCUGUUCUCAGUAAAAAUAUGCCAGCAAUUGCAGGCAACUUGAAAUGGUCCCAGGAGCUGCGUGAAAGGAUCCUGAGCCACCAAAAUAAUUUCAGGCACAUAAGUCACGUAUCUUUAGAGACAAGCGAAGCUGACCUUGUUUUUAAAAAAUGUGAGAACAUUUUGGACCUGCUGGAUCAGCAUGAUGAAGAGGUCUACACUUCAUGGACAGAGAGCCUGGAUGCGCACUGCAACUCCAACCUGAACCAGCCACUGCUGAAGCAAGAUCUGGAGACUGGAUUAUAUGAAACAAACUUUGAUCCUGCUCUUUCUUCUGUGCUUCGUGAAGUGAAGUAUCUAAGGAUGCUGAAACACCACAAUAUACCAGAGAUUGCUCUUCUUUUGUAUUCAAAGAGUGAGACGCUUCACAUGUAUACUGGGACCCUAUAUCUGAUAUCAAAGUGGUACAAUAGACUGCAAAGUACUAUUCUGGAAGUGGAGCUCCAUCUGAUAGACAGUGAAAUGCAAACCAUUGAACAGCAGCUUAAACCUGCACUUGAGGUGCUAACGUGGCAAAAUGAUGACCUGUGGGAAUACAUUCAGCAGACUAGAGAUCUUGUCUGGAGUGUGGACAGCAGAGUUCAGAAAGCCAAGAGCAACGUGGAAGCAAUCCAAGCCUUGAUGCACAGCUUAAAUGACACUCCGUUUGUGACCAGAAAAAACAAUCAAAACGGUCUGCUUAGCUUCAGUGACAAAGACGAGAGGAUGGGCAAGCUUUACAAUAUGAUCCAAGAAACUGGAAAAAAUAUUCAUCAGCUCGUUGAAGAGAAUCAGAAGUUGUUUGGUGCUGAUCCAGGAUCUGCUGAAUGGAGAGCGUACACUGAGUAUAUCGACAGCAUGGUUUUAGAUGGGCUCAUCCACGCUAUCAGAGGCUCUCUCCAAUACUUAAUUGAGAACACUGACACUGCUUUGAACAUCGCCCCUUUAUUUGAGGUGCAGCUGGUACUUAAUGGCAGUGAGAUGACUUUUAAGCCUCCCUUAGACUUUGGAAUACAUGUUAAUGCUUAUGACAUAAUUGACGGGAUGGUAAAAGAUAUCUUUAAGACUGCUUCUUUCAUACGUCGAGUAGCCCAACACAUUGGGACGAACACCUAUCAGGCUGAUAUAGACCAUUUGGCUGAAUUAGCUGAGCUUUCUCAGAUCAUCCUGAGUAGAGUAAAGAGUGUUAUUGUCAAAGUCAAGGAGUUUCAAAACACCUUCAGCAGCUACAGCUACCUGUGGAUGGAUGACAGGAAUGAAUUCAUGCAGCAGUUUAUUUUAUAUGGUCAUGUUCUCAGUACAGAGGAGAUGGAACUGUAUGCAGACUAUGAACUUUCGAAGUGCGCACCACAGCUACAACACUUUAAAGAGCAGAUAAACAUAUUCGAAACCUUAUACAUGAAAGUGAAAAUGUUUGAUGACAAGAAAGUGUUCAACGGUUGGUUCCAAGUAGACAUCAAACCAUUUAAGGUCUCGCUGAUGAAUGUGAUAAAGAAAUGGAGCUGGAUGUUCAAGGAGCACCUGCUGGAUCACGUUAAUGACAGUGUCAACGAACUGGAAAUUUUUAUUCAUGAAACAGAAAAAGGUUUAGCCAAGGAAAUCACAGACGGGGACUAUGGAAGUCUUGUUGAAAUCAUGGGGAACCUCAUGGCUAUCCGCGACAGGCAGAUAACAACAGACGAUCAUUUUAAACCCUUGAAGUCAACUGCUGAUCUGCUCAGAACCUACGGCCAACAACUGCCUGAGCAGUUUUACACCCAGCUUGAGGUACUCCCAGAGAAAUGGAAAACCCUUAAAAAGAUUGCCUUCACAGUAAAGCAUGAAGUAGCUCCUCUGCAGGCCAAUGAAGUGGCUGUUAUCAGGAGGAAAUGUGUUCACUUUGAGAUAAAACAGCAUGAGUUCAGAGAACAAUUUCAAAAUGAAAUCAUCUUCAAGAUUGAUGUACAUAAUCCUUAUAAGCUUAUAGACAAGACUCAUAAGAACGUUGCAAAAAUGGAAACGGAAAUGCAAAAACUCCAGGACACGGCAAAUCUCUUUGAAGUCAGCGUUCCAGAGUAUAAACAACUGAAACAAUGUCGUUCAGACAUCAUUCUACUCAAAUCAGUCUGGGACAUGGUCAUUUUUGUGAAGACUAGUAUUGAGGACUGGACUAAGACACCAUGGAAAGAAAUAAAUGUUGAGCAAAUGGAUAUGGAGUUGAGAAGAUUUGCCAAAGAGAUGAAAACACUUGAUAAAGAAGUUCGAACAUGGGCUGUGUAUGCUGGCCUUGAGUCGACUGUUAAGAAUUUGUUGACUUCACUUCGGGCAGUGAAUGAGUUGCAGAAUCCAGCAGUCAGAGAGAGGCAUUGGCAACAGCUUAUGAAUACGACUGGGGUGAGGUUUGUGAUGAGCGAAACAACCACACUGGGAGAUCUGUUAGCACUGCAGUUACAUCGAGUGGAGGAUGAAGUCAAAAACAUUGUAGACAAAGCAGUGAAGGAAAUGGCAAUUGAAAAGGUGCUGACGGAGAUUAAUCAAACCUGGAGCAUGAUGAACUUUUCCUAUGAAAAACACCACGGCACAAGCACGCCAUUGCUGAAAUCCGAUGAAAAUUUGAUUGAAACUCUGGAAGACAAUCAGGUCCAGCUGCAGAACAUCCUGAUGAGUAAGUAUGUGGAGUACUUCCUGGUGCAGGUGAGCGGCUGGCAGAAGAAGCUGAUGGUGGCAGACCUCGUCAUCUCCAUCUGGAUGGGGGUGCAGAGGACCUGGGCACACUUACAGAGCAUCUUCACCAACUCUGAGGACAUCAGAAAUCAACUGGUGGAGGACGCCAAGAGGUUUGAGGGCAUCAACCUCGACUUCCAGAAUCUAAUGGCUGCAGUUGUUAAAACGAGCAAAGUCAUUGAUGUUACGAAUCAGAUGGGAUUUCUGGAGAAACUGGAAGUACUUCAACAAAGGCUGUCAAUCUGUGAGAAAGCCUUGGCAGAAUACCUGGAGACUAAGAGGCUCACAUUUCCAAGAUUUUAUUUUGUCUCUGCAAUGGAUUUAUUAGAAAUCGUUUCCAAGGGAACACAGCCAAAACAGGUUACAAGGCACUUAUUAAAACUGUUUGAUAACCUGGCAGACCUUAAAUUUAAAGAGAAUGAGGUAGAAGGAGACAAGCAAAGCGCCACUGGCAUGUACAGCAGGGAAGGGGAGUAUGUUCCUUUCUCACAGCCGUGUGUCUGCGAAGGGCAGGCUGAGUGUUGGUUAAGUCAUUUGGAAGAAACCAUGCGAUCCACAGUUCGGAAGGAGAUCAUGGAGGCUGUGGCCGGGUAUGAGGAUAAGCCUCGGGAUCAGUGGCUGUUUGACUACUCUGCCCAGGUGGCCCUCACCGGCAGUCAGAUUUGGUGGGCAACAGAUGUUGGAAUAGCCUUUGAGCGCAUGGAAGAGGGAUUUGAAACAGCUUUGAAGGAUUACAAUCGUAAACAGAUUACCCAGUUGAAUGCCUUGAUAAACAUGCUGCUAGGAGACCUCACCCCCGUUGAUCGUCAGAAGAUCAUGACAAUCUGCACAAUUGAUGUCCAUGCUAGAGACGUCGUAGCCAAGCUCGUAGCACAGAAGGUGACUAAUGGGCAGGCGUUUGCAUGGUUAUCCCAGCUACGGCACAUAUGGGAUGAAAACCAAAGACAUUGUUAUGUCAACAUUUGUGAUGCUAAGUUUCAGUAUUCUUAUGAGUAUCUGGGCAACACGCCUCGACUUGUCAUUACCCCCCUCACUGAUAGGUGUUACAUCACCCUGACCCAGUCGCUACACCUCACAAUGAGCGGGGCUCCCUCGGGUCCCGCUGGCACUGGGAAGACAGAGACCACCAAGGACCUGGGCCGCUCCCUCGGGAUCAUGGUGUACGUGUUCAACUGCUCUGAACAGAUGGAUUACAAGUCCAUUGGAAAUAUCUAUAAAGGGCUCUCCCAGACUGGAGUUUGGGGGUGUUUUGAUGAGUUUAACCGUAUUUCUGUGGAAGUUCUUUCGGUCGUGGCUGUUCAAGUAAAAACUAUUCAAGAUGCCAUCCGGAAUAAGAAACAAAGGUUUUACUUCCUGGGAGAAGCAAUAGAAUUGAAACCUAGUGUUGGCAUCUUCAUAACCCUUAACCCUGGCUAUGCUGGAAGAACGGAACUGCCAGAAAACCUUAAGGCCCUGUUUAGGCCAUGCGCAAUGGUGAUUCCGGAUUUUGAGCUGAUCUGUGAGAUAAUGUUAGUUGCUGAAGGAUUCAUUGACGCUAGACUACUCGCCAGAAAGUUCAUUAGCCUGUACACACUCUGUCGAGAGUUGCUGUCGAAACAGGACCAUUAUGACUGGGGUCUGAGAGCGAUUAAAUCUGUCUUGGUAGUGGCUGGUUCUCUAAAGAGGGGUGACAGAAACAGACCUGAGGACCAGGUUCUGAUGCGUGCCCUAAGGGAUUUUAACCUGCCAAAAAUAGUAACUAACGAUGUGCCCAUCUUCCUGGGUCUGAUAAGCGACCUGUUCCCACUGCUGGAUGUGCUGAGAAAGAGAGACCUGGAUUUAGAACAGAUGGCGCGCCAGUCCAUUGCAGAGCUCCGCCUCCAACCAGAAGAAAACUUCAUACUGAAGGUUUCUCAGCUAGAAGAGCUUUUAGCAGUAAGGCAUUCAGUCUUUAUUGUUGGAAAUGCUGGAGCUGGCAAAAGUCAGAUUUUAAAAACCCUGCAUAGGACGUACACCAACAUGAAGAUCAAGCCAAUAUGGAAUGACAUCAACCCCAAAGCUGUAACAACAGAUGAGCUUUUUGGGUUUCUUCACCCUUCCACAAGGGAAUGGAAGGACGGAUUGUUUUCCUCAACAAUGAGAGAGCUUUCCAGCAUUUCUCAUGAGGGCCCCAAAUGGAUCGUUCUGGAUGGGGACAUUGAUCCUAUGUGGAUAGAGUCACUUAACACUGUAAUGGAUGACAACAAGGUUCUUACACUGGCUAGUAAUGAGCGCAUCUCUUUGACAUCGUCCAUGAGGCUGUUGUUUGAAAUCAGCCACUUGCGGGCAGCUACUCCAGCCACUGUAUCCAGAGCCGGCAUUCUCUAUGUCAAUCCCCAGGACCUGGGUUGGAGUCCGUGUGUAGCCAGCUGGAUUGACACUCGGAACGCUCAGUCAGAAAGAGCAAAUCUGACUAUAUUGUUUGACAAGUAUGUCCCUUACUGCCUGGAGCAAGUAAGAUGUAAUCUAAAAACUAUAACCCCAAUCCCUGAAAACAGCAUGGUGCAGACCUUGUGUUCUUUGCUGGAGUGUCUGCUUACUCCUGAAAACACUCCCCCAGACUCCCCCCGAGAACUCUACGAAACAUAUUUUGUGUUUGCUUGUGUUUGGGCUUUUGGUGGAGCACUCUUCCAGGAUCAACUAAUUGAUUAUCGCUUGGAGUUCAGUCGCUGGUGGUCUAAGGAGAUGAGAGCAGUAAAAUUCCCUUCCCAGGGUACAGUGUUUGAUUAUUUUAUUGACCCUGAUACCAAGAAGUUUGUGCCCUGGGCAGACAAGACUCCUGUCUUUGAACUGGAGCCUGACGUACCUUUACAGACCGUCCUUGUUUAUACAUCAGAGACCAUUUGCCUGAGUUAUUUUGUGGAUUUACUUUUGAACAAAGGGAAGCCGGUCAUGCUCAUUGGGAAUGCUGGUGUUGGGAAGACUAUCCUGGUCUCUGAGAAGGUGUCCAAGCUAUCUGAAGAUUAUAUGGUGGCCAAAGUCCCUUUCAAUUACUAUACCACCUCUGCCAUGUUACAGCGUGUUCUUGAAAAACCUUUAGAAAAGAAAGCUGGACGAAAUUAUGCUCCACCAGGUACAAAAAAACUAAUCUAUUUCAUUGAUGAUCUUAACAUGCCUGAGGUUGAUGCCUAUGGUACUGUCCAGCCCCACACGCUCAUUCGACAGCAUCUGGAUUACUGCCAUUGGUAUGACAGACAGAAGUUAUCUCUGAAGGAAAUACACAAUUGUCAGUAUAUAACCUGCAUGAAUCCUGCAGCUGGUAGUUUUUCAGUAAACCCAAGACUGCAGAGGCAUUUCUCAGUGUUUGCUGUUCAUUUUCCUGGUGUUGAUGCUUUGGCUACAAUCUACAGCAGCAUCCUUAAUGCUCACUUCCAGCAGGGUGUAUUCAGCUAUGGCGUAACCAAAUCAGUCAGUACUCUGAUCCAAGCUGCAAUCUGUCUGCAUCAGAAAAUGACCCAGAAUUUCCUGCCCACAGCGAUUCGAUUCCAUUACAUUUUUAAUUUGAGGGAUUUGUCCAACAUCUUCCAGGGAAUCCUCUUCACUGCUCCAGAAUGUGUCAGAUAUCCCAUCGAUUUAGUUUAUUUAUGGCUUCAUGAAUCCUCCAGAGUUUAUUCUGACAAACUUAUGGAAGAAAAAGACGUUGAGCUUUUCACCAAGAUACUCAUUGAUAUCGGAAAGAGAUACUUUGAGGGCAUUGACGAACAUAUAUUUAUCCACCAGCCCCUCAUUUACUGUCACUUUGCACACGGAGUUGGAGACCCUCGCUACUUCCCAGUGUCUGACUGGGAAAAACUACAUAAAAUAUUAACUGAGGCUUUGGAGCACUACAAUGAACUGCAUGCUGUGAUGAACCUCGUCCUUUUUGAAGAAGCCAUGCAGCAUAUAUGCCGUAUCAGUCGUAUUCUGGAGGCCCCUCAUGGCAAUGCACUUCUGAUUGGGGUUGGAGGCAGUGGGAAGCAGAGUUUAUGCCGUCUCGCCGCAUUUCUCAGUGUGCUUGAAGUCUUUCAGAUAACUCUUCGCAAAGGUUAUGGCAUACAUGAUCUAAAGAGUGACAUUGCUGCUCUUUAUAUGAAAGUUGGGGUGAAGAACAUUGGAACAGUGUUCCUCCAUACAGACGCUCAGAUACCAGAUGAACGCUUUCUAGUGCUAAUUAAUGACAUGCUGGCAUCAGGAGAUGUUCCGGACCUGUUUAGUGAGGAGGAAGCAGACUGUAUCAUUGCCUCUAUUCGGAUGGAGCUGCGUGGACUGGGACUCCUAGACACCAGAGAAAACUGCUGGCAGUUCUUCAUUGACAGGAUUCGUAGACAGCUGAAGGUUGUUCUCUGCUUCUCUCCAGUUGGCUUCACUCUGAGAACGAGAGCAAGGAAGUUCCCAGCGCUGGUGAACUGCACAGCCAUCGACUGGUUUCAUGCUUGGCCUCAAGCAGCACUGGAAUCUGUCAGUAGCACUUUUAUUGAGGAGAUAGAUGGGCUGGAUCCUGAAGUUAAAGCUUCAGUUAGCCUGUUCAUUUCUUAUGCACACACCAGUGUGAAUGAAGUCAAUGUGAAGUACCAGCAGAAUGAAAAGCAUUAUAAUUACACCACACCUAAAAGCUUCUUGGAGCUGUUGAAACUCUAUAAGAACCUGCUGGGUAAAAAGAGGAAAGAGUUAACACAGAAGAUGGAAAGAUUGGAAAAUGGACUACAGAAACUGCAGACCACUGCUUCUCAAGUGGAGGAUUUGAAGGCAAAGCUUGCGAUUCAGGAAGUGGAGCUUCACCAGAGAAACAAAGACAUGGAGGCACUCAUUGCUAAGAUAGGACAGCAGACAGAGCAACUGAACCAAGACAAAGCCAUUGCCGAUGCAGAGGAGCAAAGGGUUGCAGCCAUCCAGGCAGAGGUGACAAAGCAGCAGCAGGAAUCUGAAGAGGACCUUGCGAAGGCCGAGCCAGCCCUAAAUGCUGCCAACGCCGCUCUGAAUACUUUGAAUAGGUUAAACCUUACUGAGCUUAGAACUUUCCCCAACCCCCCUGCUAUUGUAACCAACGUGUCCGCUGCAGUUUUAGUGCUGCUGUCUACUUCUGGAAAGAUCCCGAAAGAUCGAAGCUGGAAGGCAGCCAAAAUAUACAUGAGCAAGGUAGAUGAUUUUUUGCAAGCUCUUAUUCAUUUUGACAAGGAGCACAUCCCUGAAGGUACAGUCAGAGUGGUUAAGGAGGAGUAUCUCCGGGACCCUGAGUUUAACCCUGAGUUUGUGCGGACAAAGUCCUCUGCUGCUGCGGGGCUCUGUGCUUGGGUUAUCAAUAUAAUACGCUUCCACGAGGUGUAUUGUGAAGUGGCUCUCAAACGGCGCGCACUAUCUCAGGCCAACACAGACCUGGCGGGUGCGGCAGAGAAACUGGAGGUCAUUUGGAGAAAGCUUGCAGAACUAGACACAAGCCUGGCUACCUUAACAGCUGCCUUUGAGAAGGCUAUAGCUGAGAAAAUCCGCUGUCAAGACGAAGUGAAUAGAACUAACAAGACCAUUGAGCUGGCCAACAGAUUAGUGAAAGGACUGGAGUCCGAGAAUGUCCGCUGGGUGCACUCUGUUGCUCAGUAUCAUGAACAGGAGCAAACCCUGUGUGGGGAUGUGCUGCUAACUGCAGCUUUUAUAUCCUACGCUGGUUCCUUCUCCAAGAGGUACCGUCAUGAGCUCGUUGAAAACCUCUGGAUGCCCUAUUUGAGGAGCCAAAAGGUCCCUAUUCCAAUGACCGAAGGUCUUGAUCCAGUAUGCAUGCUGACUGAUGACGCUACCAUUGCAAAAUGGAACAAUGAAGGUUUGCCAAGUGACAAAAUGUCCACGCAGAAUGCCACUAUUCUGACUAACUGUGAGCGCUGGCCUCUCCUGAUUGACCCACAGCUCCAGGGGAUUAAGUGGAUAAAGAUCAGAUAUGGCUGUGAUCUGAAAGUCAUCAAUUUGGGUCAAAAAGGGUAUGUAGAUGUCAUUGAGAACGCUGUUGUUUUGGGGGAUCCUGUUUUACUAGAAAAUUUAGAAGAAACGAUUGAUCCAGUAAUUGACCCUCUUUUAGGCAGGCACACCAUUAAGAAAGGAAGAUACAUCAAGGUCGGAGAUAAAGAAUGCAGGUUUCAUCCUGAUUUUCGGUUGAUCCUGCACACUAAGCUUGCUAACCCACACUACAAACCUGAAAUUCAGGCUCAGACUACAUUAAUAAACUUCACUGUAACCAGGGAUGGCUUGGAGGACCAGCUGCUGGCUGAUGUGGUCAAUUUGGAGAGGCCAGAUCUGGAACAUUUAAAGUCAGAGCUCACCAAGCAGCAGAAUUAUUUUAAAAUUGAGCUGAAGCUUCUCGAGGAUGAGUUGUUGACCCGACUUUCAGCGGCUGAGAGCAACUUCUUAGGAGACAACCUUCUGGUAGAGAAACUAGAAACAACGAAGCACACUGCUGCUGAAAUCGAGAUGAAGGUUCUGGAAGCGAAGGUUAAUGAAGUAAAAAUUAAUGAAGCACGUGAGCACUACCGUCCUGUGGCAGCAAGGGCCUCUCUGCUCUACUUCAUAAUGAAUGAUCUCAAUAAAAUCAAUCCAAUGUACCAGUUCUCACUUAAGGCGUUUAAUGUUGUGUUUCACAAGGCUGUGCACCAGGCAGAACCCUCUGAUGAUGUCCGGAGGAGGGUCAAUAACCUCAUCCACUGCAUUACCUUCUCUUCCUUCAAUUACAUCAGUCGAGGCUUGUUUGAAAGAGACAAACUUACCUUCACAGCCCAGCUGGCUUUCCAGCUAUUACUAAUGAACAAAGAAAUUGAUGCCAGUGAAUUGGAUUUCCUACUCAGAUUUAAUAUUGACCACAGCUACAACAGUACUGUAGACUUUCUGUCAAAUUCAGCAUGGAGUGCCAUUAAGACUAUGAGUUUCCUUGAUGAUUUUCGUGGGCUGGACAGGGAUAUUGAGGGGUCUCCCAAACGAUGGAAAAAAGUUGUGGAAUCUGAGUGUCCAGAAAAGGAAAAGUUUCCUCAAGAGUGGAAAAGUAAAAGUUCUCUGCAGAAGUUAAUUCUGAUGCGUGCUUUGCGUCCUGACAGGAUGACUUACGCGCUCAGAAAUUUUGUUGAAGAGAAGCUUGGAACAAAAUACACUGAAGUGCGCAAAACAGAGUUUGCUAAAUCAUUCAAGGAGAGCGGCCCGGCAUUCCCAGUCUUUUUUAUUCUGUCUCCAGGAGUGGACCCAUUGAAAGAUGUUGAAUCACUUGGUAAAAAGCUUGGCUUCACCAUAGACCUUGGGAAGCUGCACAAUGUAUCUCUGGGACAAGGUCAGGAGGCUGUGGCUGAAUUAACCAUGGAAAAGGCAUCAAAAGAGGGCCACUGGGUUAUACUUCAAAAUAUUCAUUUAGUAGCAAAGUGGCUGGGCAGUCUUGAGACGCUGCUUGAGAAGUACAGUGAGGGGAGUCACCCCGACUAUCGCGUCUUCAUCAGUGCUGAACCCGCUCCCACCCCUCAGGAGCACAUCAUUCCACAAGGGAUCUUGGAGAACGCCAUCAAAAUCACCAACGAACCACCAACUGGCAUGCUGGCCAAUCUGCACGCUGCUCUGGAUAAUUUCGACCAGGAUAUUCUGGAUCAGUGCUCCAGAGAGCAGGAGUUCAAGACCAUUCUCUUCUCUCUCUGCUAUUUCCACGCCAGUGUUGCAGAACGGCGGAAAUUUGGACCCCAAGGCUGGAAUCGCAAGUACCCCUUCAACACAGGGGACCUCACAAUCUCGGUGAACGUUCUCUACAAUUACCUGGAGGCAAAUUCACAGGUACCUUGGGAGGACCUUCGAUACUUGUUUGGAGAGAUCAUGUAUGGAGGUCACAUCACUGAUGACUGGGACAGGAGGCUGUGUUGCACUUAUCUUGAGGAAUACAUGCAGCCAAACCAGUUUGACAGAAAACUAGCCUUAGCGCCUGGUUUUGUGGUCCCUUCAAACCUGGAUUACCAAGGCUACCACAGAUACAUUGACGAGAUGCUGCCUCAUGAAAGCCCAGUGCAUUAUGGACUGCACCCCAAUGCAGAGAUAGAAUUUUUAACCGUGACUUCAGACAAUCUUUUCCAUACGUUACUUGAACUGCAACCUAGAGAUUCUGUCAUUGGCGAGGGAGCUACCCAAACUGUAGAAGAAAAAGUAAAAAUGAUCCUUGAUGACAUUUUGGAGAAACUACCUGAGGAGUACAAUAUGUCUGACAUUACUUCCAAAAGUGCAGAACGCUCCCCUUAUAUUUUAGUGUGCUUUCAAGAAUGUGAAAGAAUGAACACCCUGACGCAUGAAAUAAGACGCUCACUUAAGGAACUAGAUUUGGGACUCAAGGGUGAGUUGGCAAUUUCCUCAGAGAUGGAGCAACUGCAGACAGCUCUUUUCUUUGAUAAUGUUCCUGACACCUGGACCAAGCUAGCAUAUCCAUCAACAUACAGUCUAGCACAGUGGUACAAUGAUCUCCUUCUCCGCUGCCGUGAACUAGAUACCUGGACCCAGGAUCUCUCUCUCCCCAGCGUAGUCUGGAUAUCAGGUCUAUUCAACCCCCAGUCCUUCCUCACAGCUGUAAUGCAGAGUUUGGCAAGGAAAAAUGAGUGGCCUUUGGAUAAGAUGCAUUUAACUGUGGACGUCACAAAAAAGUUUAAGGAAGAAUUUAACCAGCCAGCCAGAGAAGGGGCUUAUGUCUAUGGCUUGUACAUGGAAGGUGCCAGGUGGGACACUCAUGGUGGAAACAUAGCAGAGGCUCGUCUGAAAGACCUGACCCCGAUGAUGCCGGUAAUAUUUGUGAGGGCUAUUCCUCAUGACAGACAAGAGACGAGAAACAUUUACGAGUGCCCGGUUUACAAAACCAAACUAAGAGGUGCAACAUAUGUAUGGACUUUCUAUUUAAAAACAAAAGAAAGGCCUGCCAAAUGGGUUCUUGCUGGUGUUGCACUGCUUUUAAGUGUGUAGAAAACAUACAAAUUCAGUGUUUGUUCUAAAACUUACCCAUUUAAGCUAUUAAAGUCUGUACAGCACAUUUGAAGAAUUGUUUUUGUAAGUGAACAAAAAAACCCUAAUAGCACAAUUGGUAGUUUAUUGCAAUGUUCUGUUGUGUAAUUUGUUUUAAAGAAUGCAGACUGUAAGGUAUGAAUUAAAGUAAAAUAAAACAAACAUUCACCUAUUAAA